AUGCCAGACCUGGACCUGUCUCUGCUCUCCCGCCCCGUGUGCCUGGACCUCCUGGACGGCCCGGUGACGGUGGCAUGCGGGCACAGCUUCUGUCGCGCCUGCAUCCUCAGCCACUGGGGGCAGCAGAGGAGCCUGUUCACCUGCCCGCUCUGCCUCAAAGUGUACUGCAAGAAGAGCGGACUGGUCAAGAACUUUGUGCUGUCGGCCCUUGUGGAGCGGCUGAGGGCGCCCCCUGCUGGCCUCGUCUGCACUCCGCCAAGUACUGUAAUGUUGGAUGUGGACUGUGUGCGGGACGGGGAGGAAAGGGAAUGGCAGGAGAGGGAAUGGGAGGUGAGAGAGCUGGGGUGCGUUUGGAUCCGAGGCAGGACGCAGCCAGGAAACGCAAGGUAA